AUGAAUCACAGCACCAUCAACAAAAAGUCAGUGAAGUGGAGUUUGAUGUUAGCUUAUCUGUUUUCUCUGAUGGUUAAAGCUUCCGGGAAAUGUCCAGAAGAAAAACUGUCUGUCUAUGAAGUGUCUUUAGUGACCGAAUGGUCCGAGAAAAACUUUCCCAAGCAGUACCCAAUGUGGAGACCCCACGCACAGUGGUCCAAAGUUCUAGGGCGCACUCAUAACGAUAGCUACAAAGUAUGGAGAUUUGGAGACCUGUCUACUGAGGGUCUCAAAGAGUUUGCAGAAAGAGGGAAGUCGGACAUAUUGGAUGAAUUUGCUCAAGGUGAUGAUGGGAUCUAUGACGUAUUCUCUGCUCCUCCAAUAGGUACAGGAGUUGGCAGAACUAAAGCCAAGUUCUUCGCUGAUGGAAACCAUUCAAAGGUGUCACUCAUUUCUCGAAUUAUACCGAGCCCUGACUGGUUUGUUGGAGUGGACAGUUUUGAGUUGUGUGUGAACGGAAAGUGGCUAGACACCACUACUCUCGAUGUUGGCCCUGUAGACGCUGGCACUGAAAACGGAUUUACUUUCACUGCCCCAACAUGGCAGACAGAACCCAGAAGGAAGAUUUCCCGAAUCACUGCUCGCCAUCCAAAUCACGCUGCCAGUUCUUUCUAUUACCCUCAACAGAAGAAGCUCCCAAGAAUAGCUUACUUCCAGUUCACCAAAAUCAGAACCUACAGUCUGACGGAAGCGUUUUCUCACAGUGAAGAGCACUCCGUUGCUGAAUCGGAAGAGGUGGAGGAUAAAGAAAAAGAAUCGGAAGAAUCAAAGAAAGAGGGUGCAAUAUUUAAACAACUGGAGAUGAAUACUGUUGGCUACGAAGGGACCGUAGGGGGUUUUCGAAUCAAGAUUAUGGAAAAUGCUGAUGGAGAAGAAACCACAAAAUAUUCCAAAAAGCAGAGUCGAACUAGAAAAUUGAGAAAGUCAUUGAAGAAGAAAAGAAGGUUCCGAAUUCAAGCUGCGUCACAUCGUACAUCAGAGAAUUGUAAUCGGAGUGUCCAGCUGCUACAGAAUGAAGUUUGA